AUGGCUCGUUCACCGGCUACUGGGGGUAGGGUCCAGAUGGAUUACGAGUUUGUGGAAGCGGAGAAGUGCGCUCAACUACUCUCGCAUGGCAAGCUACCAAUUUCUACAUCAAACAGCAUGGUCUAUUUGGGAAAACGUCUAUCUCAACCAGAUAGUUGGGUGGCACAAAACUACCAACUCUAUAAUAUUCCUCAGGGGAACGAUUGUCUGCACGGACACGAUGAAACCUGCAUUUUAGACCUGGCUAUCGGCCAUAACCCAGUGUGUCUAUAUGCCCUUGGGUUUCCCGCUGUUCUAGAGGGCCAUGCUGUAGUGAACAGUCCGUAUCCCACCGGGCCGUAG